AUGCAUCAUCACUUACCACCGCACACCACUCAGGUAAAUGCACCAGGCAGAUCUAAUCUAGUGCAUCUUGCUCGUUGGCCAUUGCAUCCUGGGAAUCUGCAGAAUCGAGCCGACUGGGCAGCUUCAGACGAUUGCCCAGUCCAUUUGUUCAGAGCCUCGGUUGGCCAGAUGAUGCGCCAAUGCAAGUGUGAGUCUGUGGAACCUGCGGCCUGUCUGGUACAUGUGUCGCUUUACGGUGAGGCAGACGACUAUCCGGGCCACGAUUGGAUCGCUCUAGGCAGGCCAGCAGAAAUAAGUUUCUGGCCUCCUACUGCUGGUCGUAAUGGUCUGCGCAUCAGUCACGUCCACGACGUCGGCUUUACUAGCACUUCAUCCCCAGCUGGUGUCAAUGGUGAUAGUCAGCCAUUCCAUUCAUCACGAGUCUACGAACUCUCUGUGGCGGCUAAAUCACCUGAGCUCUUUGUUUGGUUGGACCUUGACCCAGCUCUUAACCUGGAUGCCUGGUUUAGCGACAAUGGUUUCAGUUUACUUGCACAGCCAGAGCGCAACGUCACCAUGUACGUGAUGGGCAAUCCGGGCCUUAGCGCUGCUCAGUUGCAGGCCAAGCUGAGGAUUUAUUCUUUGGCUAUGCUAAGGCAAUCGGGCGUGCAUCCAGCUGAAUUCAGUUGA